ACUGGCGGGCGGGAUCCCUCCGCUCUGGGGAGAGCAGCGCUGGACGGUUGAGUUGGGGUGACUGAGAAAAUCCAUCCGCGUCGCCGCCGCUGCCGCCUCCGCCGCGGAGGAAGACAGGACCUCCCGCUCUCCUUUAGCGACCCUUCGCAGAGUCCCACCGCCACAGGCCUCGGGCCAGCGGCGAGGAGCUGCCUCCCCCAGCCCCCGUCCCGCGGCCCCCAGCCGCCCCCAACCCCGCCCCACGGGCCCGGCGCCAUGAGUGAGCUGGAGCAACUGAGACAGGAGGCCGAGCAGCUCCGGAACCAGAUCCGGGAUGCCCGAAAAGCAUGUGGAGAUUCAACACUGACCCAGAUCACAGCUGGGCUGGACCCAGUGGGGAGAAUCCAGAUGAGGACACGGAGGACUCUCCGUGGGCACCUGGCAAAAAUCUAUGCCAUGCACUGGGGGACAGACUCAAGGCUGCUGGUCAGCGCCUCCCAGGAUGGGAAGCUCAUCAUUUGGGACAGCUACACCACCAACAAGGUCCACGCUAUCCCACUGCGCUCCUCUUGGGUCAUGACCUGUGCCUACGCGCCCUCAGGGAACUUUGUGGCCUGUGGGGGAUUGGACAACAUCUGCUCCAUCUACAGCCUCAAGACCCGUGAGGGCAAUGUCAGGGUCAGCCGGGAGCUGCCUGGCCACACUGGCUACCUGUCAUGCUGCCGCUUCCUGGAUGACAACCAAAUCAUCACCAGCUCGGGGGACACCACCUGUGCCCUGUGGGACAUUGAGACUGGCCAGCAGACAGUGGGUUUUGCUGGACACAGUGGGGAUGUAAUGUCCCUGUCGCUGGCCCCCGAUGGCCGCACCUUUGUGUCAGGAGCCUGUGACGCCUCCAUCAAGCUGUGGGACGUGCGAGAUUCGAUGUGCCGACAGACCUUCAUCGGCCACGAAUCCGACAUCAAUGCCGUGGCAUUCUUCCCCAACGGCUACGCCUUCACCACGGGCUCCGAUGAUGCUACGUGCCGCCUCUUUGAUCUGCGGGCCGACCAGGAGCUCCUCAUGUAUUCCCACGACAACAUCAUCUGCGGCAUCACCUCUGUUGCCUUCUCGCGCAGCGGCAGGCUGCUGCUCGCUGGCUAUGAUGACUUCAACUGCAACAUCUGGGAUGCCAUGAAGGGCGACCGUGCAGGUGUCCUCGCAGGCCAUGACAACCGUGUGAGCUGCCUUGGUGUCACUGAUGAUGGCAUGGCUGUGGCCACAGGCUCCUGGGACUCCUUCCUCAAGAUCUGGAACUAACAGCCCCGACCCCAACUGGGCCCAGGCUAGGAGGGGCCCUGCCCAUGCCCACACUACAGGCCGGGAGCUCUGGGGCUGGGUGCACACCGAGCCUCCCCCGCCAGGCCACGGGGCCUUGGGUCCCUGCUCCCCUACCCUGGUUUGGUUCCUCCUGGGGGCCCCACUGUGGUGAUUAAGAUGGGGAUAGAAUGGGGAAGAGGGGCAGAAAGCCCUCACCCUUUUGCUGCCCUGGGGUUGGGGCCUCAUCCCUCUGGAGGGCCAGAGGCAGGAGGUGGAAACUUCAGGGGCUGGCUUUUUUAAAACUUGGUUUAUUUUAAUUUUUAUUAUAUUUUCAGUUUUUCCAUAAAGGAACCAAUUCCAACUCUGAAUCUGGCCUCUACCCUUGCUUGUAUCUUCCUCACUCUAGGUCCCUGUCCCUGAGGGCACACUGGCUGGGGACACGGGGCACCAAAUCCCACUCCUCCUCAGAUGGCAGCUGAGUCACUGGCAGGAGGACCUUCUCUGCCCAGCAGGUCACAGGGGUUCCACACACAGCCCUCCCAUUUCUAGUCUGGCCUGUGGGUCAGCCAACCAGAGGUGCCUGCCCCCUGCCUGUGGCCCUUUCAGUUCCCAGAGUCCCCUUCGUUCAGGAAAAGACUCAGGCAGAAGGGGAGAACACACACCAAGUUUUAUUGGGGGAAGGGGAGUAUUUACAGGGGCAGGUAGAAGAGAGGGGAGUCACAUGGGGGCGGGGAGACUGUGGGUACAAGGCUGACGCCAGGAUACAGAAUGACCCCUGCACCCACCCUAACCCCAGGAAGGGCGGGAGAGCAGCUGGGCCCAGGAAGACGGGCUGGGAAAGGACAGCAAAGGGGCUGAGUCCCUGGGCUGGGGGGCUCAGGGGCUUGUAAACAUUGACCACUCUCAGAAGGGGAUGGGGGUGGGAGAGGGUUCCCCCUACACUUCCUCACAGGGUUAAGGCCUCUCCAGGCUCAAGGGCCCCCUAAAUUCAAAGUCUCUUUAGCUGGGGGGGAGGGGGGAGGAAGAAACGGGGAAGAGUGUCAUCCCCCUGCCCCCUGCAUUGGCUGCGGCAGGGGUGGGGGCAGUUACAUUCAGUCACAACAGUACUCCCCCCACACCUCUAAUGCCGCCAAAUACUGGCUCGAGGAAAGGGGGAGCUGGGGGGCCAGCAGCAGCAAGACAUUUCCCCCUGGCCCAUCACCCCCUUAUUGCUUUAGAGAGAAUAUUGUCUUUUCACGGACGCUAACACUGUUGAAACCAGGGAGAAGCAGGUGGAGGGGAUCCCUCCACCCCCGAGGCCAGCUUUAUCCCCCAACACUGACCCAGUUGCCACUUUGGUGCAAAAAAAAAAAAAAAAAAAAAAAAAA